UAGGUGGUGACGUCUUUUGACAAUAUAUAGCACGUUCGCAGGGGUUGUCGAGUCCAGUCGAGUCAAACGAUACAAGAACAAUGAGGCCAUUCUCAUGCCUGGCAGCCUUUGCUGCCCUGGCGUCGACCGCGGCCGCCAUACCAACAGCCCAGAGCGCGGCCCCUAACGGCUUGGAAGACGCCAAGAGAAACUUUGAGAAGAAUGUCUCCGGGAUCACCAGGGGCAAGAUGGCCAAGCUCAAAGAUCUGACCAAGGAGGAGAGGCUUGACUAUGUCAACGCUGUCAAGUGCCUCAUGAAGCUCCCCGCCAAGACGCCUCAAGAAGUUGCCCCUGGAGCUAAGUCGCGUGUAGUAUGCCGACUUCAACGCCCUGCACAUCCAAAAAGACGCUUCAAAGUCCACUACACCGGCAACUUCCAGGCGUGGCAUCGAUGGUUCGUCUUCAACUACGAGCGGGCUCUCGGGGAGGAGUGCGCGUACAAGGGCUACCAGCCUUACUGGGGCUGGGCCAAGCACGCCACCGCCCCUGAGAACCUCGGCGGCAACGGCGCCGCCAUCCCGCACGACGGACCCGUCAUCGCACCGCCGCCCGGGAUCAAAGCCCCGACCAUCCAGCUACCCCCGGGUCUGGGAGGCGGGCCCGUCACCGAGGGUCCGUUUGCCAACAUGACCAUCACGCUCGGCCCUGUCGCUCUGACUGACGUACCACCCGGCCCCAUGGGCGGCCUUGGCCACAACCCGAGGCCGUCCAAGAGGGACCUUGCAAAACAAAAAGGCAACAAAUCGAUCCUUCAACGCGUUAGACCGAUCUGGGAAAGGACUAUUACGCAUACCAGCCUUGGUGGAACGAGCCUCCCAGCCCGCCUACUAGCCUUGAUGACGUGCUAG